AAAAACCAUUAUUCAGAUUCCAAUUUAAAGAAAAAUUCCAGAGUUGUAAUGGGAUCUUCACUCCCCAAAAUUGCCCCUUUCUCACUGCUUCAACUCCAGUAGUCCAAAUUCCCACAUUCCCUCUCAUCCACGGAGUGAACAUAAGUGGGAGAGAAUAAAGAAUCGAAGCGUGAGAAUCGGCCGAAAAAGAGGUGUGAUUAAUUGAGCUACUUAUAUUUAUGGGGGGAGGCACAUUUGUGGAUGGUGUUCGUCGCUGGUUCCAAAAACGCCCUAAUCCCAAUUCCAAUUCCAUUAUUAGUAAUCACGAGCAACAGCCGCAUUCCGAUUUGACGGAAAACUCCCUUUCCAUUGUUGAAGACUUUGAUUUUUCGGGGCUCAAGUUGAUUAAAGUCCCCAAGCGCCUCGAUUUCCCAUUUUCAAACCCCGCCAUGGAUUCCCACAAAAAGAGUAACCUGGAAACCGAAUUCUUCACCGAGUAUGGGGAGGCGAGUAGGUAUCAGGUGCAAGAAGUUAUAGGCAAAGGUAGCUAUGGCGUUGUAGGUUCUGCGAUCGAUACUCACACCGAUGAAAGAGUUGCAAUUAAAAAGAUCAAUGACGUGUUUGAGCAUGUUUCUGAUGCCACGCGGAUCCUUAGAGAAAUCAAGCUUCUUCGCCUGCUUCGCCACCCUGACAUUGUUGAGAUCAAGCACAUAAUGCUGCCUCCUUCGCGGAGAGAAUUCCGAGAUAUCUAUGUUGUUUUUGAAUUGAUGGAAUCUGAUCUUCACCAAGUGAUUAAAGCAAAUGAUGACCUAACACCCGAGCAUUAUCAAUUCUUCCUCUACCAGCUCCUGCGUGGCUUGAAAUACACUCACUCAGCAAAUGUGUUCCACCGGGAUUUAAAGCCAAAGAAUAUUCUUGCUAAUGCCGACUGUAAGUUGAAGAUUUGUGAUUUUGGUCUGGCACGUGUGUCAUUUAAUGAUGCCCCAUCGGCAAUAUUUUGGACUGAUUAUGUUGCAACUCGGUGGUAUCGUGCUCCUGAGCUAUGCGGUUCCUUUUUCUCUAAAUAUACUCCUGCUAUUGAUAUCUGGAGUAUCGGAUGCAUAUUUGCUGAGAUGCUCAGUGGAAGACCGUUAUUCCCCGGGAAAAAUGUGGUGCAUCAGCUAGACUUAAUGACCGAUUUGCUUGGCACUCCACCUCCUGAAUCUAUUGCAAGGAUCAGGAAUGAAAAGGCUAGGAGAUAUCUCAGCAGUAUGCGGAAGAAACAACCUGUUCCGUUUUCUCAGAAAUUCCCUAAUACCGAUCCUUUGGCUCUUCGCUUGCUAGAAAGGCUUCUGGCGUUUGAUCCUAAAGAUAGACCGACCGCUCAAGAAGCACUGAAUGAUCCCUACUUUCAGGGGUUGUCAAACGACGACCGUGAACCUACAACUGCACCAAUAUCGAAGCUCGAGUUUGAAUUUGAGAGGAGGAAACUGACAAAAGAUGAUGUUAGGGAGUUGAUAUAUAGAGAGAUUCUGGAGUAUCAUCCUCAUAUGCUUGAGGAGUAUCUCCGAGGCGGAGAGCAGACUAGUGGCUUCAUGUACCCAAGUGGUGUUGAUCGGUUCAAGAGACAGUUUGCCCAUCUCGAAGAGCACUAUGGUAAAGGCGAAAAAAGCACUCCCCUACAGAGACAGCACGCUUCACUACCUAGAGAGCGUGUCCCUGCACCGAAAGAGGAACCUGAAGAGAAUGAUUUUGAAAAACGAAGUGCAGCUUCCGUUGCUACAACUCUUGAUAGCCCCCCAGGGAAUGAUGGAAUGAACAGUAGUUCCCAAAACGGUAACAAGAGCGCUCGUAGCUUGUUGAAGAGUGCAAGCAUCAGCGCUUCAAAAUGCAUUGGUGUCAAAGAAAAGAAAAAUGCCGAGGAGGAACCAAUCGAAGAGAAUAACGAAGAGAUCGACAUGGUAUCGGAGAAAAUUGCAGCCCUCCAUGCUUGAGCUCGCUUUUCAUUGUGAGAUUUAUGUUGUUUCAGUGCUGCAAUUUAGAAAGGGAAAUUGGUUUAUUUAUUUUGGAUUAGCACCUCUAAUUAAAUUUUGGGUUGUACAGAAUGUUUUUAUGAUGUUCAUUGACUUAUUAAUUUAUACUAGGGUGCUGUUGUUACUCCUUAUGGAUCCCAAAAACAUUUCUUGCAAUAUUUAUUAUAGCCGGUGAAAGGUGUUUGUCUUGCCUAGUA